AUGACGCCGUCGCGUCACCGACGGCUCGUGCUUGCGUAUGAUAGCAACCCCUUGUCCGACGGCAGCGUCCUCGCGUCCGCCUCCGCCCGCGCGGCAUCAUCAUUGUCCGCCUACACCACUGCGGCCGCGGCCGCACCCGCGGUGGCAGGGCACAGCGAGGCGCGGUGCAAUCAGUGGAAGCACCAUCGGAUCAAAAAGAACGCCGAUGCUGCCCUACAGGCUGCACAGACAGUGCUAGCUCUUUAUAGCGAGGCGACCAGGCGCGAGAUGUUCACUCUCGCGCCACAUCCCUACAACGGGGUGCAUUGUACCCACUUGCACGCCGGCACGAGCGCGACGCCGCAGUGGGGCAAACGGGGCAUCUGGGGCUAG